UGCGCCCUCCUUUCCUUCCGAUACACGCUUUCCGUGCACACCGGGCGAGACCGCGUCAGACUUUUCCCCGGUCGCGAGCCAAACGCGUAUCAUUCGUGUAUUUCGGCUUUUCCUUUUGCUCUCUGUCUGUCUGUCCGUCUCUGUCUUUCAAAAGUUCUGCUGGAGCAACGAUCGUCCGAUAACACUGAACCCACGAAUCGUCGGCAGAUACGUCCGGUUGUGAACGAUAGCGACGUCGAGGACACUGUGAAAGGAACCGUGUCAGUCGGUGCACCCUGUGCGUCACGUGACGACCGAGACCGCGACCUAUCGCAAGCAGAGGAGCAGAGACUUGGAGGCUGUACGCGUUACGACGCCGCUCUCCACGCCGCUUGCAGGGGUUUUCGUGGGUGGAGCGUGUGAUCGAUAGCGCACCAAACGGACUAAGGGGGUCGUCGCCAAGAGAUCUGAUGUGACGUCGUUGAACAAUCUGCUGGGCCGUGUAAAGGGGCAAAAUGAGGGGUGGCAGUGGUGACGUCCCUCCCAUGGUCACCGUCCCCGCCUCCGCGUCUCUUAACAUCAUGAUGGGCGACGACAGCAUGAGCGACGACGUGUUCGAGGUGGAAGACGAUGUCUCCAUGGCGGCUUCCAGCGGUUUAACACCGAGGUCUAUGGGCCAACCUUUGACCAUGACCCCUUCGCCGACCGGAUAUCGAGACUACAAGCCUCCAGCGGAAGUAUUAGACGAUAACUAUGGCUACUCGUCCAGAGACUACGAUAGUAUGAGGAGCAGCCUGAAAAGGACCAAAGAAGAAGAUUCCGGAAUGGCGCACAAGACAAUCCUCCUGGGCGACAGCGGUGUUGGUAAGACAUCUCUGCUGGUCCAGUUCGAUACUGGAAGAUUUCAACCGGGAAACUUCGCAGCAACUGUUGGCAUUGGCUUCACGGUGAUGCUACUUGGUGACAGUGGUGUCGGGAAAACCUGCCUCCUAACACGAUUUAGAGAUGGCAGAUUCCUGUCUGGCAACUAUAUCACCACCGUGGGCAUUGAUUUUAGGAAUAAAGUAGUCGUCGUCGACGAUACGUCUAUCAAGCUUCAAAUAUGGGACACGGCCGGGCAAGAAAGAUUUCGAAGCGUGACGCAUGCUUAUUACAGAGACGCUCAUGCUCUUUUAUUGCUGUACGACGUGACGAACAAGACGAGUUACGACAACAUCAGAGCCUGGCUGAGCGAAAUCCGGGAACACGCGAACGAGGACGUGGUCAUCAUGCUGUUGGGCAACAAGUCUGACUGUGGACCGGAACGAGUAGUGAAGAAAGAACACGGAGAACGAUUGGCGCAAGAGUACAAAGUUCCCUUUAUGGAAACCUCAGCUAAAACUGGCCUGAACGUCGAAUUGGCCUUCUUGGCCGUUGCUAGAGACUUGAAGGCGAGGAAAAGCAACGACCCGGAUGACACAAAAUUCAACGUACAAGACUACGUCCGUCAGCAGUCGCAACGGAAUUCCUGCUUCAAUUCCAGUUGCCUGACUACCUGAAUUGCGCAGUAAUCCUGCGCACACACCUCUCUGCGAUAGAUUUAGACGAAUGGUGGAACAUGGACCGGAACUGGUUGGCCAUAAAAAUGGCGCGAAACUAUCGUGGGCGUUCAACAAUUCGUCCCUUAUGAUUCAUAACAAAUAAUCAUUGAAACGUUACCUCGUUGCAGAUGUCAUUCGUAAAACGAGACGAAUUUUUGUAACAUUGCACAAUUCGUUCACGAGAGCUUGUUGUUCGAACGAAUUGACUCUCAAACGAGAUCGAGCAAAAUUGAAAGAAAUCGAAAGAAAACGCACUAAUGAGAUCGAAAAUAGAAUUUUUUAUUUUUACUGAAAAGAGAUUCCAAGAAAUGUCGAAACAACGUUUCUGUUCCACCAGAAGAGUACCUUUAUCGAGGCAUAAACGAAAAAAAUGUAGAUGGAUAGAAAGCUGAUAUUUUUCAAAGAGACCGAAUAGGAAACUCUUGUUAACGAUACGUGUAUAGAAAUUUAUUUAUCGAUGGUUAAUCCUAUACUGUACAUUAAUGUGAAUAGCUGAUUCGGGACAAAGGUCCGCGAGAUACAUAGAUUUAGGGAAUCUCUUGAUGGUUCUAAUUUGUGCACUGUAUAUGAUCGUUGCGGUAUUAAUAGAAGGAGGGGGAAGAAAGAGAAAAAAAAAUAUUUAAAAUGAAAUUGUAUUCAAAACGUGGUAUCGAUAAAUUAAUGAGAUGUUCACGUGGAAGCUCACCAUGUACCAAGUAGAUUUGCGGUUUUAGAGUGGCCGUCGUGUAGAAGAGCUUUUCGAAAUAUGCCAUAGCUGCCAUAUAUACAACACGUUUUAGAAAAGAACGCUCAAUAAUUUUUUGUUCGAAAGCGUAUUCUCGUAGUUUUCAGGUAUGAGUGAUUGAAGCUUUUCAAUCGAUGCUACAUGUGUAUGUAGAGACAUAUUCAUAAGUCUUUUAAUCUUUACAAUCAUUUAGAUUGAUGAAACUCUUUAGAAAAUUUUGCAUAAUUGUAUUUUGUUUUCAAACUUUAUCCUGUAUCUAUUCGUUUUGCAAUUAAAUAAAGCUCGUGUGUGUAUAAUCGUGUAGUUUGUGAUAACGGUUGCAUUAGUUACGUGACCAUAUCUGAUUUCUAACCUUUUGUAUGUAAUAGUCCUAUAUACGACAGGAUAUUUUCGAUCAGCCCAAUUUGUAUUGUGAAUUUUUGGAUUUUAUACACUGUAUUACUUUUAUAACCGCAUGAUGAUAAUUUGCUACUGAGACUUCGAAAUUGAAAAAAAAAAAAAAAAAUGUUAAAAUAUUUGAUUUCGUUAAUUCGCGGUUACCGAGUGAUUCGUUGCGAAUGAUAAAGGUAAAUGAAACGAAAUGUAACCGUGUACGUUACCUGUAGUAUAUGUACAAUGUAUCUUAUCAGCGUGUACAAACGACAAACAGUUACAUGUCAAGUGUAUAUUAACAAAUAAUAUAUAUAAAAUAAACGACCACUCGACCAACUA